AUGGAUAUGGACAUGGGCGACCACGGCGAUAUGGAUAUGGGCAAGUGCAAUAUGAACAUGCUUUUCACCUGGUCGACCAAGGACCUCUGUAUCGUCUUCUCUCAGUGGCAUAUUACCGGUCCUCUCUCCCUGCUUGUGUCGUUGGUGGCCAUCGUGCUGUUGACCGCGGGCUACGAGGGUGUGCGCAAUGUGACGAGGCAGUACGAGGCCACUCAUACGCAGCGCCUGAGGGCGUUUUCGGCUGGAUCCGCUACGACAGACGCGGAGACCGGCGAUCAACUGCCUGCCACAGCAAGUUUUACCGCGGGUCCCAACCAGACCAUCCUCGAUGCAAGCUCACCGCUGCUUGUAGGCCGAGACAAUCAAAAGGCGGUGGAGCAGAAGGGGAAGAUUGUGAUGGCGGCGCUGUAUGCCGUCCAGGUCUUCUAUAGUUUCUUCAUCAUGCUGCUUUUCAUGACGUAUAAUGGCCUUGUCAUGCUUGCUGUUGCGGUUGGUGCGUUUGUCGGGUACUUGGCUUUCGGCGAGGGCAUGACGGCGACCAAGACAGUGGCUUGUCAUUGA